GGCGGGGCUGCCCUCAGUGCCGUUCCCGUCGCCUCCUGAGCGCCAUGGCGGAGCCGCGGCCUACGGCACCCGUGAAGCCUCCGGGGAGCCCCACGGUGGGUUCCACCGGCACGGCGGGCACCGGGGAGCACGGGGUGCCCUCUGCCGCAGGGUCAGGUCCCCAACCCACCCCUCAGCCACCCUCGGCCCCUCAGCCCGCCCCGCAGCCGGGCCCCGCGCAGAACCCCUUGGAUGACACCCGCUUCCUGAUCGCCAGCACCAACUGGUACUAACGCCACAGUCUCUUUUCCGGACCCGAGCUGAGGAGCCGCAUCCAUUCCCCUGGAGAGAGAAAAGCCUCCACAGCCCCCAGCCGGAGAGGUUUCUCAAUAAAAGAGGCUGACUGGCUGCAA